AUGACUGUCACACCUCGUCCUACGGCCAUCCGCACUGUCGGCACUUCGACGUCUCCAGAGGAGAUCAGCAAGCUCAUAGCGAGUGAUGGCGCCGUCAUCGUGCGGCAAUUUAUCUCCGACUCUGUCAUUACUGCUCUCAAUGAAGAGGUCGACCCCUAUCUUGAAGCCACCAUCAGCGGGGCUCAAGCCAAUUCUGGGGAACUGUACGAGAAGACCGUCGGUAAUCGCACGAAGCAUAUGGGAAACUUGGCCGCGAUCUCACCCACAUACCGCACCACGAUUCUAAACCACCCCGUGAUGCAUGCCGUCUCCAAUGCUUUCUUCACCGCACCAUUUGGAGACUAUUGGGUGAACCGUGGCGCUGUUCUUCAAGUUGAACCCGGAGAGAAAGCGCAAGGUCUCCACCGCGAUGACAGUCUAUACGGUAUUACGCGGUAUCUUGGUCAGGACGCGCCAGAGCUCAUGGUUAACUUCUUCAUCGCUCUUACUGAGUUCCGGGAGGACAACGGUGCCACCAGAUUGAUUCCCGGCAGUCAUCGAUGGAAGGGGGAAGAAAUCGCUGGGGUAGUACCUCAGAACACGGUUGGUGCUCUGAUGCAGCCAGGCGAUGCCGUACUGUACUUGGGAAGCGUAUGGCACGGCGCUGGAGAGAAUCAGUCAGCAGAGAGCCGGCGCGGAUUGAGUGUGACUAUGCAUCCAGCGCACUUUACCCCCAUGGAAGCACAUGUCGACCUGCCUCGAAAUAUUCUGGAACAAAUGACACCUCUUGCACAGAAGAUGAUUGGGUGGCGAAGUUGGUGUGGAUAUCAUGGGGUGCCGGUAUGGACAGUAAGGGAUCGCCGAAUGGAGGAUGAACUGGCCCUGAAGUCGGCAUGA